AUGCCUUGGCAAGUGCUCCUCGCCCUUAUGGCAGUGUGCUACGUCUGGGGUUGGGACGAUGUUGCUGGGUCUCUGGCCCUUUGCUGGGGAGGCUUGGCUAGAGUUGGCGAGGUGUUGGCUGCAAAAAGACGAAACUUGGUGGUCCCGGCCGACGUCGGCCUGGAGGCGCUUCCGGGACCCAAGCAGGUCUUCCUUUCGGUUCUGGAGCCGAAGACCCGCUUCAAAGCGGCUCGUCAUCAGUGCCUGAAGAUUGACCAACCUCAACUGGUCGAAGCGAUCAUUUUCGCUUUUGGGCGGCUCGGCCCCGAGGCCUCACUUUGGCCACGCUCGGGUUCCGCCCUCCGGCUUCGCUUCAAGAAACUGCUCGCCGCUGUGGGGCUUCCGAUUGGAGCAGUUGAGGGAGUGCGGGACUUUGAUCUCGCCAGCCUCCGGGCAGGAGGCGCCACAUGGCUGAUGAAUGUCACGGAAUCUCCUGAUCUGGUCAGGCGCCGCGGCCGCUGGAUCACGAACAAGGUGAUGGAGAUUUACGUGCAGGAAGUCUCAGCGAUGAUGUAUCUUCCCCGUUUGGAGCAAGGCCAACGGGAGAACCUUUUCGCUUGGACAAACUCCUUUCAGUCGGCCCUCGAGUUUGCCCAGUGGAGCUCCUCGCUCCACCUUUCUCCGAGCCUGAGGCACGUUCUGCUGCAGCACGGCGUUUGCAAUGCUUGA